AUGGCAGCUGCAGCUCACUGCCACAGUGCUGCACUGCCAAGUGUUCAACUACCAUGUGAGGCUGCCAGCGACUCCUCCGAGUGCUCUGCUGAUUCCUGGAUUCAUGUGGAUUCGAUGUGUACUUGCUGCUUUCUCCCGAAUGCAUAUUUCACCGUGUUGGCAGAAGAUGAGGAGGACCUGCUACCUGCUCGCAAGUUGUUCCAGGGUGCCCAGGUCGUCGCGGCCAAUGGUCGCUUCACUGAAGUGGCCUACCCACCUGAGCAACAUCAAGUGGAUUCCGUCAUUCAGCUCCAGGCCGGUCCUGCAUGCCUGGUGGUGAGCCCUGACCAUCGGAUCCUGGUUCCUGGAAACCGGACCGUGGAAGCCAAGGAGCUGCAGAUUGGCAGUGAAGUGAUUUUGGCCCAUGGCACCCAGGCCAUCCUCACCGCUGUGGAGUGGAAGCACGAACCUACCAUUGUGUUGAAGAUUGGCUUCAAGCCCGACCUUCCAGUGGCUGCCUUCAUGCUUCCCAAUGCGAUUUUGAGCAAGGGCUUUCGCCAGAGGCCCUUCCGCCGUGGCUUGAGGAGGUCUCCUGAACCGGCUGAAGACUCCUGGUCCGUCCCAGCUACUGAAGGGCAUUUGACGUCAUGA